GAGAUGCUCUGCUGAAGCCUCAUCUGCUCAAAACGCUGCCCUUCACCCUGAACAGACUGACCAUCUCCCUCCAGCCGUCCCUGGAGAAGUUUGAGAGCCAGCUGCUGCAGCUGAUCAAUGCUGACUGUCAUAACACAAAACAGCUAGGAUCUGAGAGUGCACUGAGGACGGUUGUCAUCCAGGAAAGGAGACUUCAUGUCGGGGUUCACAAUGGCUGGUGUUUUCUCGACAAGCCCCAAGUGGUGGUGCUGGAGCCCCUAGCAUCAGGGGCCAGAGGCCGAUCAGACAGCACCUCCAAACUGAGCACCCUGGUCAGGGAAAGCUCUGCAACAUCAUCCCUCCCUCAGAUGCUGGGCCUUCGCAGCAGCUUGGAGCUCAGGCUGACCAAUCAUCAAGCUUUGGCAGUUGUCUUCCAGCUUGAGUAUGUCUUCUCUGCUCCAAUUGGCCGAGAGACGAUGAGGAAAUUACUUAAGGCCUCCUUGGCCUCAAGACCUCUGUAAACAAACAAGAAUGAAAGAAGUAUAGAAAGAAGGAUGUAAGUGUGAGGCAGCAGUAA